AUGACAGGGUCUAAUCCAGCUACAAUACAAUCUUUGAUUAAUGAUGCUCCAACUCAAAUGCCAAAUCAUGACUUCAUAAUACGACAAUAUGUUAUUCAAGCAUCUGAAAAGGAUAAACAAAUAGCUCAAGCUAAAAAUGAAAUAAUUGAAUUAAAACAAUCAAUUAAAGAAUUAACAGAUGAACUUAAUGACUUGAAAUCUAAAGCAAAAUCUGAUGAUUCUUCUGAUUCCAAUAGUGAGGUUCAAAAAUUAACAAAAGAGAACAAAGCAUUAAAAUCAGAUAUUAAAAAUGAACAACAUCAAAAUCAACUAAAAAUUAAAGAGAUUAAGAAAUUAAUAAGGGAAAAUAAAAUUCAAAAAGAAAAGCUAGAUAAAGAAUUAAGUACAAGUAAGACUUUAAUUGAAGAUUUACAGAAUUUUAAGAAUUUAUAUGAAAAAUUAUGUGAAGAAUCAACGAAAAGAGAAUCACUAGAAAAUUCAUUCAAAGAGUUAGAAAAAACUCAUGAGGAAGUUGUCAAUGAACUUCAAGAAGAAGUUGAAAAAGUUGCUAGUUUGGAAAAAGAAAUUGAUGGCUUAAAAUAUGCUAAGAAUAUACUUGAACUGAAAUUACAAGGCGUGGAAAAUAAUGAAUCAGUACAAGACCAACAAGAUCAACAAAUUCAAACUGAUAAUUCAAAAUCAAAAUCAAAAUCAAAGUCCAAGCAUAAACAUAAAUCAAAAUCCAAAAAAUUUCAAAAAGUUAUAAUCAAUCAAAGUGAAAAUUCAAAAAUUCAUAUUCAUAUAUCUCCUCCUAAAAAGAAAAGAAAGACAAAACAUAGUAUAAAAGAUACACCAGACCAAAUUGAAACUGAAGAAUAG